UUAUGAAACAGAUUAAGCUCCUAUGAUCCAGCGCCCCGCUGCGCUGAACUGGUUAUGAAAGAAACAUCUCUGGAGUUUCAUUAGAAACAGAGGGCCUCUUGUCUGAAAAUGUCCCUCCGUCUCACAAACAYCUUAAUAAGCUGGGGCUGGAUCGCACUAAUCUUUAAAGGACCUCGCUGCCCGGGGCGCCUCACAUUUGAGGAGGAAACCAGAGCUACAGUUUGAAUCUUUCCCUGGUUUUAAAUUUGAUUUAAUUUUUUAAAAAUGACCUGGACCCUGAGGACGGUGUACCACGUCGCAGGAUUCAGCUGGUACGCUUUGGUUGUUAAAUAUCUCGCAGCGAAGGAUGGAGACCAGCUGCCGACAGGAAUAUUUGUCUACGGAGGACCGUGGAAGUACCUCACUUUUUUAAAUUUGCUGUUACAGAUGACCUUCUUCGGCCUGGCGGCGGUGACGGACCUCCAGCAGGAGAAGACGGGGAGCGCUCUGCUCAAGUGGAAAGACCUCCUCUUCUCCGUCUUUGCUUUCCCUGUCGGCAUGUUUGUCGUUUUGCUUUUCUGGACGAUCUACGCCAUUGACAGAGAGCUGGUGUACCCGGCCGCCCUCGACUCCUUCUUCCCUCCCUGGAUAAACCACGCCAUG